AGUACACACAGUCACACAGUCAAUUGUAAGUGGCCGGGUACUAAACCGAGAGAAACGAACUUGAAGUUGCAAACACUGUGAGGCGUGAGGAAACCGAUAAACUAAACAAAAACAACUAUCUAUAACCCUUCAUGUCCGUGUCCAUGUCCAUGGAGCUAAUAACCUCAUGCAACUGCAAUACCCUCCAAUUCCAACGUCCCUUUCAUGCUGUGGCUUCGAGUUUCAGCCUCUCCCAGACCCACUUCCCACACUCCUUAUCCACUCGUAAUUACCACACCCUCCGCUUCCACCCACCUCUUCCAACCUCUCCUUCCCACACUCAAUCUCUCUCCACCACAUGCUCUGUGGCCAAUGAUAGCACUCUCAAUCCAGAGACGAAGGAGCUUGAACCUUCUCUUGCAUUGAAGUUUUGAUCCAGAAGAAAGCUAUGGAUAUAGCCCCUGACCUGAAAGGAACUUCCAUAUUUCUUGUGGGGAUGAAAAGCUCCAUAAAGACCAGUUUGGGGAAACUUCUAGCAGGUGUAUUACGAUAUUAUUACUUUGACAGUGAUGGUUUGGUUGAGGAAGCUGCUGGAGGUGAAUCAGCUGCCAAAUCUUUAAAGGAGAGUGAUGAAAAGGCAUUUUGUGAGUCUGAGACUGAAGUAUUGAAGCAGUUAUCAUCCAUGGGUCGACUAGUGAUUUGUGCUGGAGAUGGUGCAGUUCAGAGUUCUACUAAUCUGGCAUUUCUGAGACAUGGAAUCUCGAUAUGUGUUGAUGUACCCCUAGACAUGGUAGCCAGGGAGGUGAUUAAAGACCAGUCUCAACUUUCUGAUUCAGAAAUAUAUACUUCUGAAGCUUAUUCCGAGGUUUUGACUCAGUUAAUUGCACUUCAUGAAGAAAUGAGAGGUGGAUAUGGUACAGCUGAUGCAACUGUUUCACUACAAAAGGCUGCUACUCAAUUAGGUUAUGAUGAUAUGGACGCAGUUACCAUCGAAGACAUGACUUUAGAGGUUCUCAAGGAGAUUGAAAAACUGACAAGAGUUAAGAAGUUGAUGGAAGAAGCAGCAAGACCCUUUUAACUAGCUACAUCUGUGCUUUCAUCACUUGUACCGAAUUCCGACACUUUACUCACCAUAAUUUUUGGGACAUGAUCCAUACUCAAGAGCUUUUCUGCUUGCCUUGGUAGGCAUUUUAAUUUCACUUUCGCUUUCUAGUUGUUUUGACUGAAAACUUGGAAUAAAAUUUAAUAGCAGCAAUCUGUAUAAAAACACUUAACAUUUUUCAUUA